GACUAGAGCUGUCGGCGAGGGACAGGGGAGCCCCGGGCCGGGCGGCGCGGGCUCGGGGCCGCCGGGACUACCCCCAUCUGUUCUUUUUCCCCUAGCACGGACCCUUGGAGCUGGAAUCCCAGGGGAUCCCCUGACCCACUGCUGUCGCAGCUGGCGGGUGUCCCUGUGACCCCUUCCAAGCCAGCGACAUGUCUGCCACGCUGGACCUGAGGUCGAAGGAGGAGAAGGAUGCGGAGCUGGACAAGCGCAUAGAAGCUCUGCGCAAGAAGAAUGAGGCCCUGAUCCGGCGUUACCAGGAGAUCGAAGAGGACCGCAAGCAGGCCGAGCGGGAGGGCAUCGCGGUGACCGGGCCUCGAAAGAACCGCCCGGCUGAGGCUGACCUGGAGCGGAGACGGAGUGAGAAGGAGAAUUUCUCUGUCACUGUGGAGGAGAAGUCGACAGCGGCGGAGAGGCGGUCCCCGGCUGCCCCCCGGCCUUCUGGCAGCCAGAAGGGCGGGCACAGCCCACUCCAGAAGGGAGGAGGUGGAGGGAGCCGGGCUGGCACCUACUCCUCCAGCCACUCAGCGCGGGGCGAGCGAGCCUGCCGGGACGGGGCGGGGGGCGGGGAUGAGCCAGGCCAGGGUGAGCUGGCCGGAGGCCGGGGGCGGCGGGGCCGUGGCCGGGGAGCCGCCCUGGGGGCUGGAGAUGCCGCGGUGACAGGUGGACCGGACCGCAGAUCAAAGGAGUGGGAGGAGCGGCGGAGGCAGAACAUCGAGAAGAUGAAUGAGGAGAUGGAGAAGAUUGCGGAAUACGAGAGGAACCAGAGGGAUGGGCUGCGGGAGAAGAAUCCCGUGAGGAACUUUCUGGACGACCCGCGCCGGAACGGGCCGCUGCAGGAGCCAGAGCGGGAUCGGCGGCAAGGCAGCCGGAGGCACGGGCGCAACUGGGGCGGAGCGGACUUCGACCGCGUGCGCAGUGGGCUGGAGCGGCAGCAGGAGCGCCACGGCCGGCGGGCAGGGCCCCGGUCCGGCGUGGGCGGGGAUAUCACGCUGUCCAUGACGGGGCGGGAGCGGGCGGAGUACGUGCGCUGGAAGCAGGAGCGGGAGCAGAUAGAUCAGGAACGCCUGCAGCGGCACCGCAAGCCCACGGGCCAGUGGCGACGCGAAUGGGAUGCUGAGAAAACAGACAGAAUGUUCCAAGACGCCUCAGCCCCAGCCCCCGAGCCCACCAGCCGGCAAGAUGUGGCCAGUGCCCGGCCCCCCAAGCCCCCGACCUUCAGGGAGUUCCUGUCGGAGCAUCAGGCCACCGGGUCCCAUCGCCGGAAGCAGCGGGCCCGGGCCAGGGGACCCAGCAAGGCCUCCUACAGCCACCAUGACGACCGGUGGGAGCAGGAGGAGGAAGAGGGACAGGAGGAGAAGCCCACCCCGCCGGAGCCUCCAGGGGCCGAGGAGGAGACGGCCGCGCUUGGCCGGGGUCCCGAGGCCAAGGACCCCGGCCCCUCAGAGACCCCCAACAGUCACCUGGCCCCCUCCCCCUCCCCUGAAGAGGAUGAGGAUCAGUGGGAAGAUGUGAGUGAGGAUGGGGAGGAGGAGGUGGAGGAGGAAGAGGAAGAGGAGCGCAGCGGGGAAGACUCUAUGGAAGAGGAGGAGGAGGAAGAAGAGGAAGAGGAGGAGGGCGGGAAAGGGGAUGGGGAGGGCCAUUGCUCACAAGUCCAGCUGUCCAGCCCCAACCCCAGCCCCAGUCCUGGUCCCAGCCCCCAGAGCCAGGGCGCUAAGCCCCCCAGCCCUCAGAUCCAGGGCGCUAAGCCCUCCAGCCCCUUCUCUCCAGCCAAAGGCUACCAGCCCGUGUCUGACUGGGGUGAGGAGAUGGAGCUGAACUCUUCACGGAGCAGUGUGGGUGACAGCCCCCCAGAGGCCCCCCGGCCCGGCCUAGCAACCCCAUCCAAUGGUCACGCGGCCCCUGCUGAGGGGCGCUGAGAGGCAGAACGGGGGAGCUGUCGGGAUACAGGGGACGGGGAGACAGAGGAGGAUGGAGGUCAAUCUAUCCAGGCCCCCAGGGGGAAUGUAGGUGCACAAGCCCUGGCCCUUGACUCAGUCUGCCCCGUGUUUUGAGGGACAGAUUGAUAAGUGAAGCCCCCCCCCUACAGCAGGGGAUGCUGUCAACCUCCCCUUUUCCAGCCCCUGCUUGGGAGUGGGGGUGGGGGGCUUCUCCCAACUGAGUAUAGUCAGAGGCUCCUGCUGUCCCCCACCCACAAGCCCCCAGCCUUCCAGGCCUGCCACUGAGCCUGAAGCUGGACCCCCACAUCAGGGGAGACAGGGACUGCAGCCCCCUCCCAGCAGGCUCCAGCACUGGGGCCCGGAGCCCAAGGGACAGGCCCUAGCAUGAGUCCAACCUCAUCGGGCCUGGGGGUGGACAGGAUGGGCUCUCCUCCUGCCCUGCCCUCUGGAAUGUCUGGAUGGUGAGCCCGGGGGGGGCUGCCCUCGCCCCAGCCAGGGGUCCCUGCCCAUCCCUCCAUCCCCCUCCCCUGCUGCGGGACCAAGGAGAGAGCCAGCACGAGCAUGAGGGACUGGUGACCACAAUCAAUGGAAUUUAUUGAGCGCUUGCGGUGGGGCGAGGGCUGUACUAAGCGCUUGGGAGAGUCCAGCACAACAGCGUGGGUGGAUAGACAUGAUCCCUGCCCUUAAGGAGCUCACGGCAUGGUGGAGGUUUGGGCUCCCAGAAGGCCUAUCUGUGCCUCAUGUCUGGACAACUGGCGGCUAUCAGCUCCCCUUCCCCCACUCCCACCCCGCCGACACUGACCACAGAGCCGCCGCUCCGGCCCUUAGUCCCCGAGCCCCCAGCCAGCGGGGGUGGAGGGGAAGAAGGGCACUCCAAUUUUAGCUGACAGGGGCCCUGGAGAGCAGGGAGUUCCAUCCAUGUGCCACACCGCUUCUAACAUGCCCUGAGACCAGCUGUGCCCCUUCAUACCUGUUCUGUCUAUCUGUCUAUUAAAUACUGUGCAACCUCUAUACACACCUA